AUGGAAACCGCUCAACCUCCCAAACAAGCCUCGUACACCCAACCCAAGAACCCCGUCUCUCGAACUGCCGCAGAACAAGAACAAGAACAGCGCACUCUCACCCGCCAGCACGGCGACGCCACCCCCCUCAUCACAAGAGGGGCUUCGUCUCGCCCUUCCUCCGACGAAGCCCUUGCAUCCCUCCAAGCGGAACGGGAACGGGAACGGUGUCGUCUCCAGGCCGCUCCAGACGUGGACACAGAGUACGGCGUCGAGCAGCAGCCCAAGGAAGGGAAGAUCGCCGCGGCCGUGCAGGGGGCCACGGAUUCAGCUCGGAAGGCGAGACGCGCGCAGCCAGGCGCCCAUGCCGGUCCGGUGGGGAGUAUGGCUGGUCCGGGGGCGCCAGGGGGGGAGACUGAGGCGACAGCUGGUACAUCUGGCUUGAUGGGUUCGCCGGGCACGGCGGGUGAACAGCCGGAUCUGAUGGCGGAGAUGGAUCGGAAGAUGGCGGAGCAUGAACGUGUGUUGGGGGAGGGAAUGGUAGGGGUAACGCGAGAUCCGGGGGAGAUGGUGCGAAGGGAGAAGUUGAGGAGGGACGAGGAGAUUGAUGUCAAGAGGGCGGUUGGGCAGGGAACGGGCGAUCCGGUGGUGUAA